AUGGAGGUCUUCGCUGGGGGUGUGAGCGACAGCGACAGAGUGUUCAAGGGCCUGACGGGUGCGGUAGAAGGGGUACUCGGAGACACCUCAGCCCCAGCUAGCCUUCGGCACGAGGUCCUGCAGAUGACCGUGACAUUCGUUUGCGGCAUCAGCCAACUCAGCCCCGGGGCGUACUUCCUCCAGCACGACCUCUUCCCUUGUAUCGCCGCGACUAUCACCGCUCCCGAUACAGGACAAUUCACCUUCGAAGCAGUAUUGCUUAUGGCCCUCCUGGCGAACUUCCACAAGUCCGACGCUGCGAAGAUGAACCCUUACCUCACUCGUAUACGGGACUCGACGGAUGAAGCACUGAUGCGGAAGAUUUGCUGGGCUGCGAACUUCGCUGUCGCGGCGGUCGUGAAGGCUUACCAGAGUAUUCAAGACGAUUCGCCGCCUACGUUGACAACCAGCUUUGGGUCUAUGUUCUCGGCUCUGCGACCGGACCGCGUCCUUGCGUCGAAACCAGUCGAUCUUCCCCGGGAAGUAUUCAAAAGCCAGCCCAUCGAAGCAUGUGUGAUUUUGCUCCCCCUGUUCGAGUUCCUGCAUGGCAGCGCAACAUUUCGCAAGACAUUUACCGAAACCCUCAUCACUCAGGACGGCACAUCGACCAAAGCUCUACCCCUCACCUUCCUAUCUAUGACCUCGUAUCUAUUAUCUCAUGCUUCAUCUUCGUCUUCCCCGCGUGCCAUUGCCUAUGCGAAUCUCGCACUCAAUAUCCUCUUGGUAAUUUCUGAGAGCGAAGAAAUACUAGGCGCACUGAGUCAGAACACUCAAUUGGACAUACGACUUUGUCGCCAGAGACCGCCGUAUCUACCACCAUUUGACCCACCUAGGUCCCCACUAUGUGCUUUCCUCGACUGUUGUAUUUUGUGGCUUCGGCACAACAUGCAGAAGAAACUUGAGGUCCAAUGUUACCUCACAUGCAUAGGAGCGUGCUAUAGGAUCUUGUGGUACCUGCAAAAAGAACAUGUACGACUAGACUAUCAUUGGCAGGAGCUGUGGCGUGCCUUGGUUCUGCUCCUCGACUUCUUGGCUAGUAAGCUAGAGAGCUUGACCACUACUGGGGGCAUCGAGCAGUUGGUCCAAGAGACGCUGCUGCUCGUCGACUUCGCUCUCUGCCGCAGCGAGCAGCUCCUACCAAGCCCCGCCGCAGUGAACGAGCUCGUUUACGAGGUCGUGCGCUCCGCCGAGGUGUUCCGGAAGCAGCACGCCCUGUUGGAGAAGCUCGCCAACCCCCACUCUAACACCUCGCCAAAGCGCGUAUCAGGCAGCAAGCCGCGCGCCAAGCAGGCUCUCGAGAACAUCAUCGCGCUGGCGGAACAGUUCGAGGCGAAGCUCCGCGAGGCAGGCGUGCGCUCUGCGAACCAGGGAUUGCGUGCGGUCGCGAAGGACAUCGAGAAGUCGGACGGGUUGAGCUACGGCGUUGACCUGCACGGCGCGGACGAUCCACCGUGA